CGCAAACAUCGAUUUUAGACGUAGUUUCAAUUGAACAUAAUUUAUCAACUUAGAUAAGAGAAUAUCUUAAUAAUUUGAAUUCCUCUUGUCAAAAAUUUGAAGUAAGAUGUUAAGAUGAAGCUUUAAAACAUCCAAUAUUCAUGAAAGACUGAAAUCUCAAUCCUAAAUUAUGAAAAAAUGUACCCUUCAAAGAUCCCAUUAUUCAAUAGUAACCUCAAACUUGCAGCCGAAAUAAGUAACCUAAAAGGAUACUUUUUUCCAAGAUCCAUUCUGGUUUUACAGAAACUAUAUCUAUUGGAUAAUUUCAGGAUAUUCAAGAAUGUAAGGGAUAAAUUGCAGACGAUUUUGACAAAGGGAAAAUUUGUUGGUUUGUUCCGGAAAAAUAGAUACGUUUUUCCCAGAUCGUUCAGUAAACAUCAAACUAGUUUCUUAAUAAAUCUAUGGACAAGGCAGUGCGAAUGUGUACUAGCUCAAAAGGUUGGAAAAACAUAUCAGAUGUUUAACAUUUAUUCCAAGUUGUGGGAAGAUAAGAGAGUAAGAGAGAUUAUUUCUCGAAUGAAAAUAACUGGAAAGAAAAAAAGUAAAGAGAUCAUGUUGGGUGCAGUUUCAUUAGCUGCUUUUGAAUGGGACAAGUAUAGAAUUCCUGAACAAGAUAUGAAAAGCCGAAUUGGAGAUUUUACAUAUGUUUAUACUCUCAGGGAUAAAACACUAUGUCAUAACUGCCACAAAAAAAAUCCAAUGGAAAAUUCCGAAAAUAUCUGCCACUGUGAUGAUUUCAAAUCGCCCAAUCCCCCUAUCAAGUAUGAUAAUUGGGAAACUUUUAUAGAGAAAAAAGAUUUAGUUGUGUGGAGAAGAUUACUUGAGUCUGGUCAUUAUGAGUACAAAGUCUAUGGUUCUUACAAUGAUGUAUCAGCUGAAGAAUUCUUAAGCGUUCAAGUUGAUACAACCUACCGAAGAAUGUGGGAUACUACAGCCAUAGUUUUAGAUGUUGUAGAGCAAGAUCCGAAUCCUAAAAAUAACUGUGAAGUUAUUUAUUGGGAAAUGUUAUGGCCAAUGAUGUUUGCGAAUCGCGACUAUGUUUUUCUCCGCCGUUACUUGGUAGACUACAAGACAAAUUCAAUUAUUUUGGCAAAUAGAAGCAUAACACAUCCCAAAUACCCUGAUAGACAAGAUAAAUUUAGGGUGAAAGAUUACUGGUCUUAUAUGGUCAUAAAACCUUAUACAGAAUUGAACAAACAUGGCAUCGAGUUUGUUUUAACAUAUUAUGACAAUCCUGGAGUCAGUAUUCCAUCGAAAGUUACCACAUGGGUCGCCAUGAGGGCUAUGCCUGAUUUUCUAGAAAGACUCAGAGAUGCCGCCAAAAAGUACAAGGCUUAUUGUAAACAGUAUGGUGUUCAAUGCAUCUGCCUCCUCAAAGAAAGGGAAACAACUGAAGUGGAAUAUCCUGAAGACAAUCUCUACUAUUUUCUUGAUUCUGAGGAAGAUUUGAUAACAGAUAAUACAAUAUCUGAACCUCAACAUAACCUAAAAAAGAGGUUUUACAAAAGACAGCAUCCUGAUCCUCCAAAACCAUCAAAUAGGUCCCCAAAAAACGAUGUAGAAACCAGAAAACAAACUGAUACCCCUCCAACUACCAAUUCGAUAAUUCAAAGAGGCACAAAAAAUUUUUGGAAGUACCUUCACCCCUCCUACUAUAUUAGUUGAUGAAAACAGCUGGGGUUUUAUGAAUGUAGCUUUCAUCUUGUAUCACGAAACAAAAAUAAUCUGAAUUAUAAAUCUGUAUAUAUUUGGUAA